AUGGGGGCAACCAUGUCCUCCUCAGCCGUCGCUCCGUCCGCCCGCUACUACUUCUGCCACAGAUGCUUCCUCGCCACCGUGCUCGCCGCCGGCGCGGCUUGCCCUCUUUGCGGCGGCGCCUUUGUCGAGGAGAUCAACAUCCCCCCCUCCGAAGCCCCUAACCUAAACCCUAACCGUAGCUUCUUCUUCACAACCGGCUGCCUCUCCACCUCCCCCGCCUCCUUCGUCCUCCGCUGCCGUGCCGACGCCGACGCCUUCUUCCGCUCCGAGAUAUCCCCCUUGGGCCACCUCACACGCUACCCCACUCGACGCCCUCCUUUUCCCUUGGCCUAUCUAGAGGCCAGCAUCGACCACCUCCUCGCCCGCGGCUCCCGUGUCCACGCCGGCUCUGACCUCACAAUUGGUAGGUUGGCCGGCCGGAUCAACCUCCAAGGUCGCGACCGCGACAUCUUCACCACUCCGGCAGCCAGAGGGGCCAUCGCCGCCCUUAGGGACAUCGAGAUCAAUGCGGGGCCACAAGGGGGGCAGUCGUGCAUGGUGUGCUUGGAGACCCUGGAGGUUGGGACCGUCGCGAAGAGGUUCCCGUGCAAGCACGUCUUCCACAAGGAGUGCAUUACCGAGUGGCUGCGGCGGCAGCACACCUGCCCGGUCUGUCGGUUCCCGCUGCUGACGGAGGAGGUGGGUGGGCCGAGUCACACCGUGUUUAGGGUCGUAAUCCCCCCACUUUCAUCGGGUCUGAAUCUCGAUCGGAACAUAGUAGUACUUGAUCAGGAGGUGAGGGGCCAGCCUCAAACUCCGCCUUGCCGAUGGGCGUAA